UUUUAUUUCCUAUCCUUUUCCAUUCUCUUCAUCUCCCACCCGACACCGCCUCCCCGUCCUGCUGGGACAUUCCCAGCACUCCUUCCACGACUAGUCCACCACUCUAUCAUCCAUCGACAUACGCCAUCCCAGACCCGAACAGUGCAAAAAUCACAUACCCACGUCCCACGUAGAGGAGCACUCUGCUGUCGUCCCUACUCCUUGGUAAUUCGUCUUCUCCAUCUUAAUGCUCAUAUCCACACUGUCGUGUGAGAAUUGAGAAGAUUAUUGGAUAUUGCUUUCAGACAAAAAGGUGCCUCUGGAUAAUCUUAUCAACGUCGGCAAGAUGCCAUCGACUCCAACCCGUGCAUUCCCCAACGAAGUCGCUGUCUUCUCUAACUAUCUUGUAUUUACAACCCUUACGCUCAAAGAAGUUCAGGCGCAUGCGAAGACACCAUAUGGUCAUCCGGGAAACAAACGGGCUUGUUCACUGUUCACUUUGGACGACGAUAUGCGCUAUACGAGUUUCGCAAUGGACCACGGGCCAUUGAACCUUGCGUUUACGUUUCAUGCCUGCAUACGUAUCCAUGAGAAACUGGAGAAGGCGAGAGAACGGGGAAAACCUGUUUGUCUUUAUACAACAACAGAGCCAAAGAUGAAGUCCAAUAUGAUCCUCAUUGCGGCUCUCUAUUCUUUGAUUGUCGACAAACAACCCCCCUGGAAUGCUUUUCGUCCCAUUGCGCAAUUCGAAAUCAUGCCCUUCCGAGACGCCGGCAGUGGUCCAAUGGAUUACGGUUUGACCGUGCAAGAUAUCCUGUAUGGUGUGGAAAAGGCGAUUGGAAAUGGGUUGUUAGAUCUUUCUUCAUUUGAUGCGGAUGAGUAUCAAUAUUAUGAAAUGGUAGAAAACGGAGACCUAAACAUCCUUGGCCCGUUUAUCCCAUUUGCAUCCCCGACAGAAAACAGUUGGAUCGAAGGAGUCUUGCAAUCUCCAUCAAACGGACAUAUCAUUCACACUCCCGUCAAAUCCAAGACCAUUUCUCACCAACUCCGCUGUGUUCUGGAUAUUUUUCAACGCGAAAACGUCGGCCUCGUCGCCCGGCUCAACGACGAGCUCUAUGAUCGCCGCCAUUUCCUUGACAUGGGCAUAGAACACAUUGAAAUGUUCUUUGACGAUGGCACCAACCCGCCCGACGACAUUGUUCGCGAAUUUAUCCGACUCGCUGAAUACACAAUUGAGCACAAACGGCAAAAAGUUGCUGUGCACUGUAAAGCCGGUUUGGGAAGGACAGGUGUUCUGAUUGGAGCGUAUUUGGUAUACAAGUACCAGUUUACGGCGCAAGAGGCAAUCGGGUUCAUGAGGAUUGUGAGACCCGGGAUGGUCGUUGGGCCGCAACAACAAUAUAUGGUGUUGAAUCAGCUCAAGUGGGUUGGAUGGGCCGCCAGGGAUCAGGCUCUGAGGGAAAUUGCACAUGCCUCGUGUGUGGAAAGCAACCCGUCGAUGUCACCGCCAGUGGAGAUUGUCAUAAACCCACAUGCUGGCCAAGAUAUCGAAACCCCAACUCGUAUUCGACCAAUCACUCGCUCUUCUAAACUCCGUCCCCGGCGGUCCCACUCGUCCAGCAGUCUUGUUACAACCUCCCCCCGUCGUGGUGGGGAUGCCGUUGGUCAGCCUAGAAAGCCUCGACAGCUUGUUGAAUCGACUACAGAAACAGAACAGGAAGAGCUUAGGAGUUCUCAAUCCCGUCUUCCGCCCAGCAGUCCACCUGUCGUCGCAGAAGUACCUGCUGACCAAAAGGAAAAUGAAUUCAACCCCAGCACCGUCUCGUCUCUUGGUUCCAUACGGGGGACAAAACGUUCUGCCGCCCGGCCCUCAUCCGGAUACGAACACCCCAACUCUCUUCCUCGAGUUUCGCUUAAUGUUCCGCCCUCGAAUCUUACGCGGGCCAACUCCAAUGUCAGCAUUGGUUCAGAAGGAUCCGUGGAUGAAAGGGCGCCCAAGAGAAGGACGGGAUCAUCUCCCGAGGUGGAGGGAAGUGGCGCUAUCGUAUCUCCGGUCUCCGAACCCAUGGUGACCGAGCAGGUUGAGACACCUGUUCGAUUAACAGUCACCAAAAAGCUCCGUCUCCACAUCCACUCCUCUCCGCCUACUUCUCCUCCUGCGUCUACGCCUUGUGUUCCCCGGGCUACUCCACCCAGCGUCAACCUUGCUGCUUCGACAGAGGCACCAUCUACGCCCACCCGAGUUCCGACUCGUGCGAUUCACGAGGACAUGAGUGUUACAGCCUCUGUGAGGCGUACAAUGCCUGCUAAAAAGAGCUUUUUGCCUGUCCGAAAAAGUGUCGAAUCAAAAUCAUCACCUGUGCGAGCUACAACCAAUCCAGCAACUGCCCAGUCUCCUUCACUCUCUACCCGCAAUAGCGGCAGGAUCGCCAACACUCUGAACAAAUACGAAGGCAUUGCUGUCAACUCUAACGGCAACGCCAAGAACGUCAGGACCGCUACCCCGGCUUCAAAAAAGUUGGGACGUGGGGUGAUGAAGAAGGGUGUGUUGACACCGCCCAGGAUCACGGAGAUGUGGGGACAGUUGAGUCGGAUCGGGAGUUCGCCCCCUGCCGACAAGGAAAAGCAAUAGGCGUGCUGGAUCAGCGCUGAGCGCCAAGUAACGGUCCUUUUUCCUAUUUGCUCCUGUAUAGAUACAUUAUGAUCCCUUUACGAUACAUGUUCUUUACGAUUUACGAACUUUCUCUUCUAGAUACAAUCUGUUUAUCCAGUCAAUUCAAUGUCGCUCUUUAUUGGGAACGUACAGCUCCCGAACUGGGUUUUAUCCGCUUGGAGUCAUCGCCAACUUUUGAUGGAUUUGGCAUUCAUCCACCACAUUCCUGUCUCUCCUCUAUACUGGGUAGUAAACUGUGUGUAUAGGCAUGUAACUCGAAA